AUGGUUUGUAUUCGCCCCGCGGUCCUGUCUGACCUCCCUGCCAUGCAGGAAUGUAACCUUAUGUGUUUGCCCGAGAACUAUCAGAUGAAAUAUUAUUUCUAUCACAUAUUGAGCUGGCCUCAAUUGCUCUACGUCGCCGAGGAUACUGAUCGUAAAAUAGUUGGAUAUGUAUUAGCGAAGAUGGAAGAAGACGCCGGGUCGGAACCCCCUAAUGGCCACAUCACGAGUCUCGCUGUGCUCAGGUCACACCGUAAGCUUGGCAUCGCCACGAGGCUCAUGAAGGCCGCCUUGAAGGCGAUGCACGAGACGUUCGAUGCGGAAUAUGUCAGCUUGCAUGUCCGAGUGUCGAACACGGCAGCCCUCACUCUUUAUAGAGAUACUCUCGGCUUCAAACAACACGAUCUCGAUAAGCAAUACUAUGCGGAUAAGGAGGAUGCAUUCGACAUGCGUAAAUAUUUGACUACUGCAGUGCCCGAAGCUGACAAAGAUAGUCAAGAGGAGAAGAAGGCAACUGCCGGAAGUAAUCCUACGCUGACUGAGAACAUUCCUGGAGACGCUGCGGCGAAUUAG